UGCUCUGGCUGUGAGGGGACCAAGCCCCUUUCAGCUGCAGUGUCCUGCCCUGGUUUUGGCAGCUACGUGAGCGGGUGCAAGGGGUGCGGCCAGUGCCUCCCAGCAGGGUCCCCUGAGCAGACAGAUGUGGCAGCACCCGGGCGCGUACAGGUCUGCGGUGCUUGGGCACGUCCAGGGGCUGGCACGGGCCGGGGCUGUGCCCAGCAGGGACACGACGGGGACAGCGCUGGAAAGAGCCGGGCGGCGGGCAGCGUGGCUCAGCUCCUGGGGGGCAGCUGGCAGCGCUGAUGUGCCAGCUGUGCGGGGCCGCCUGCCUUCCUCCUGCCGCUUCCGGGACCCUGCCCUGCGCCCCUUCCUGGGCGCUACCGGGCACCGACAGCGCCGGCAGAGCUCCACUCGUCCGCAGCUCCCGUGAGGCGGCGCUGCCCGCAGGGUCGGCCCCGGCCCUCCCCCGGCCUCUCGGCUCCGCCCGGCGCCGCGCUGCCCGCCCGCCUGCAGGCCUCUCCCCGCUGCCACCCGGGCGGAGCGUGCGGGCCGCCGCGGCGCUGCUGGAGCCGGGGCUGUGCGGCACAGGCGGGUCCGGGCCGCUCUGCUGGAGCCAGCGCAACCGGCUGCAGCUGCUGGCGGCGGCGGUGGAGCGGCGGCGGCGGGGCGGCAGCAUGACCCUCAAGUCGGGGCGCAGCGCUAGCGCCGGCAGCAUGCGGACGGCGCUCUCCGACCUCUACCUGGAGCACCUACUGCAGAACCGGGCCAAGCCCGAGGCCAUCACUCAGUCCCAGAAUGCCGUGACUGAGGACAUUUACACCAACGGCUCAGCGACUGCAGGCAGCCCCUCCCAUGGCAGUGGCCGCGAGAUGCGCAAGAUUCGCCUCAUCCAGUUUGAGAAGGUCACAGAGGAGCCCAUGGGAAUCACGCUGAAGCUCAACGACAAGCAGAGCUGCAUGGUAGCCAGGAUCUUCCACGGGGGCAUGAUUCACAGACAAGGCUCCCUUCAUGUGGGUGAUGAAAUCAUAGAGAUCAAUGGGCAGAGUGUGAGCAACCACUCAGUUGACCAGCUGCAGAAGAUGCUGAAAGAAACCAAGGGGAUGGUCUCAAUAAAAGUCAUUCCCAACCAGCAAAGUCGCCUCCCUGCACUCCAGAUGUUCAUGAGAGCACAGUUUGACUACGACCCCAAAAAAGACAACCUGAUCCCCUGCAAGGAAGCAGGGCUGAAGUUCCAGAUCGGCGACGUUAUUCAGAUCAUAAACAAGGACGACAGCAACUGGUGGCAGGGCCGUGUGGAGGGCUCCUGCACCGAGUCAGCAGGGCUCAUCCCUUCUCCAGAGCUGCAGGAGUGGCGUGUGGCGAGCGUCACCCAGCCCACUCAGAGCGAGUCUCCCAGCUGCAGCCCCUUUGGGAAGAAGAAGAAGUGCAAAGAUAAAUACUUGGCCAAGCACAGCUCAAUUUUUGACCAGCUGGAUGUGGUUUCGUAUGAAGAGGUGGUGAGGCUGCCUGCCUUCAAGAGGAAGACUCUGGUGCUCAUUGGGGCCAGCGGCGUGGGCCGGAGCCACAUCAAGAAUGCUCUGCUCAGCAACAACCCAGACAAGUUCAUGUACCCACCUCCAUACACCACACGCCCCCAGAAGAAGAACGAGGUGGAUGGGAAGGACUACUACUUUGUCUCCACUGAGGAGAUGACUCGGGACAUCUUGGCCAACGAAUUCCUGGAGUUUGGAAGCUACCAGGGAAACAUGUUUGGAACCAAGUUUGAAACAGUUCACAAGAUCCACCAGCAGGAUAAAGUUGCCAUUUUGGACAUUGAGCCCCAGACGCUGAAGAUCAUCCGCACAGCCGAGCUCUCCCCCUUCAUAGUCUUCAUUGCCCCGACAGACAAGGCAGAGCAGUCAGAGGCUUUGGAGCAGCUCCAGAAGGAUUCGGAGAGCAUCCGGAGCCGAUACGCACACUACUUCGACCUCUCGCUGGUCAACAAUGGGGUAGAAGAAAGCCUCCAGCUGCUGCAGGAAGCCUUUGAGCAAGCCUGCAGCUCUCCACAGUGGGUGCCCAUCUCCUGGGUCUACUGAGAGGGCAUCUGACCCCAGCCCCUUCCCAUCAACCAUCCUGCAGCCAUGGGGAGAAAUGUCUUCAGCUUCCCCUGAUCCACACACAGCCCAGCACAACUCCCUUCCUCUGCUGCUCCACGGACAUGGUCUUGGUUGACACAGACAGGGUCUUUGGAUCUCCUCUCCCAGGGGAACAGAGGACAGGGACUGCCCAGGGGAUGUCCACUUCCCAUGGCACAGUAAUGCAGUGCUGUCAGGGCCUACAGCGGAGCCCAGGCCACCCUUUUAGCUCAGAGCACAGCUGCCCAGCACACCGGGCAAAGAAAAGCACAGACCUGCUGUAGCACCUGGCUGACCUCUGCCUCAGUCCCAAGGGAAGUGGCAGAGCAGGGAGCCUUUCUGGGCAGCUGCCCCCUGCCAUCACAGGAGCACACGAACACCUUGCCACAAACACCUCAAAAGCCUGGCCAGGGUCCACAAGGCUUCAAGAAGCCCAGAGCUUAGGAUGCUUCACAGAGACCACCUCUCAUCUCCUACAUCCAAGUUUCUCCUCGCAAAUGGGGAAGAGCAGAAAAAGCCAAGUGUGGAUUUGACAAAGGUGGCAUGCAGCAUGCCACCCCCAGGCAAGUCUCACCCUGCAUAACUGUGUUUGGAGUGUUCUGAUUCACCCUGUGCAAAUGUAGUUGUAUUGAAAUUCUCACCGUGCAGCUUAGAUUGUUACUGCCUGGCUGGAGAGUCUCCAAGCAGCUGAGGAAGCCCUGCAGACCAAACCCCAGAGGGGCCAGUUCAAGGGGUAAAUUCUAUCCAGCCACAAGUUAUCUGUUGCAUGCAGUAGAAACAGUGUCUCUAAAGAUCAUCCAGGCAUGUUGUCAAGAGUCUAGGGUGUCUCCCACACUGUAUGCAAACGUGAACUUCACCCACUCCAAGGGGCUCCUGUAGAAGCCCCAUGACGCACAAGGCCUACCAUGACCAUGUCCAGGAAGCAUCACUAUAGCUCCUGGGCAAACCAUAGCCAUCAUUUAGGUGGAAGAAUCUCAUUUGUGUGUUCAGCAGUCAGCUAGAGGAAAGAGGAAGAAGGCUUGUGCAAUUUCUUAAGGAUGCCAAAAACAAUCUAUCUGUUGAUGUGCAAUAGGGACCUUCGUUCUGAUCCACUGCAGGGAAUCAAUAAGCAGCAAUAAACAUGUGCUGAACGAAA